AUGAUCUGUGCAUUCAUUAGAAUCCUUUCAACACAAACUAUUGUGUUUCAUAGUUCUGAUAUUUGUCACAUCGAUAGCCCACAGAUCUUGUCUAGUGGCAAUAUAUCCGUUUCCGUCCCUUUUUCAGAAGAUCACGGCCCUCCAACAUUGCCGAAUGAUGGUGAAGAAGAUGAGGAGGACGAUCUAGAUGAUGAAGAAUCGGUUCCAGCACCUUUCUCAAACGUUGCUAGUAUCCUUGAACGCCAUCGUGUUUAUGGGAUCUACCGUCUGAACGCAUCCAAUGGUGGUCUGCGUUUGAGCAAACCGCUGAGAUAUCAUAUGCCCAUCUUCUCGUACAAUGUUGUACAGGAAUUUAUCCGGAUGUUUUGCACCUUUUAUGAUCACUUGCGGUUGUUGCACGAUCAUUUGAGCACAGCUCACAGUGAUACGGCUGACAUGCAGAGCACUGAUGGAACUUCUGGAACUCCCAGUUCAGAAGUCACUUGUGAUUCGUAUAUCCACGGCGAAACUCCGUUAGUGCUGAGCUGUCUUCAAGAACACGCGGAUUUUGCAGUACUUGUUGUCGCGCGCGAAUGGCGUACUUUGAGGCAUACAGUAGCCUUUACAUUCAUCACGUCUGAACGGGUACGCAUUACUCGUCUGCAAUUUGUGUACUAA